UAAACUGGAGGUCCACCCUUCAGUUUGUCUCCUCAGACCUCAGACACGUUAGUUUUGUUCCUCAUUUCCAUCCAGUCGAUGUUUUCCACUCGUUUCACAAUGCCCGACGUUUAUAGAGCCUCGGUGUUCGUGUUUGCGUUGGUUUUCUGCGGUGUUAUUGUGACCACGGAGGCGCAGACUCCUUCUCCAGCUCCGGCUCCUUGUGCCCUGAAAUCAAACACCAGCUGUGCUGACUGUCUGCAGAAUGUGGCAUGUUUGUGGUGCACACCAACCAAACAAUGCAUGGACUACCCAGUGGGGAACAUCCUGCCCCCCAACAGUGUGUGUCCAUUGAAUGAUGCACGGUGGGGGGUAUGUUGGGUAAACUUCCAGGUUCUGAUCAUCACCGUGUCAGUGCUGGCUGGCGUCCUCAUCAUUUCCAUCCUUGUGUGUUGCUUCUGCUGCUGCAAGUGUGAACGAGCUGGGAACAAGAGAGAGGAUGCAAAGGUGGAACGACAAACCCGCAUGAGGAAGGCCCGUCAGAAAGAGAGGAGGACAGAAAUGCAGCUGAGACACGAUGAAAUCAGGCAGAAAUAUGGUGAGACACAUUCGGGUCUGGCAAAGGAUAACCCAUACGCCCGUAUGGACGAUCGUUAAGAAGAAUCUUGAAGCCAUGAUUCCUUUAAAAAAAAUAUCCCUUACUGAUCCCUUACCCUUAUACAUUGUCCAAAUGUAGCACAUGAUAAACUGUGAUUGUCUGCUCUGAUUUCGGUGAGUUGGUGUUGUCGCCAAGAUGCUCUGAAAUCAUUUUUGACCGGAUGUGCACAACAAACAUCUUCACCUAAUGUUUCAUUUUUUAUACACGUUGCUCUCUGCUGUUAUGCUAGAUUAAUAUUUCUAAUGCCUUCUUUUAGUAGUAAAUCAUUAGAGGGAAAUCUGUUCAGUUAACUUGUUAUAUGCAAACAUUAUUGUUGGGUUUUUUUUGCAUAAAAUGCAGUAUUGUAAGAUUUCUACAACCCCAGAGCAGAUCAGUGCAUGUGGUGCUUCUUUUAUAAUUAGCUUUUUCAUUUUAAUACUGUAUUUGUAAUACACAUGAUUUUACUGAUCGUCCAUCAUGUCAAAGAAACAACAUUUAUUUUAUAUAAAAAGUUAAUAACAUGUAACACCUUUUACAUGGUUUGUGUUAUUUUAUCUGUUGAUAAAUAUCUGAAUCUCAAACUUUCUUGGAUAAAGGAAAUGUGUGUUCUUGAAACUACACGUGAGGCAUUUGAUUCUUGUGCAGCUGUUGUUAAAAACAAAUUGUGACCAUUUUCAAGAUUAAAUGAAAAACAUGA